AUGCCUGCCCACCACAACCUCACGAUCCGCAUCCCCCUCCCCAGCAUCCUCCCUGCGGAAGCCGUCAUCGAGACCCUGCAGUCCCAGUCCCCCGUGAUCCGGCACCAGCCGCUGGUGACGCGCUACGAAAAGGUGCCCGUCCCCCUCGACAGCGUCGUGAGCGACGAGCACUUCCUCGAGGACGGGUCCCGCAUCGCGUGCUACAAGAUUUACGAAAAAGUCACCGUGGUCCCCGGCGUCAAGAAGGAGAUUAGCUUCCCCGCCGUGCUCCAGAAUAUCCCCAACGGCUUGCGGUCCCGCGCUGAGGCGCCCGGCGGCGUGCGGGUCUGGUCCGAGUGGCUCGUCGUGCCGAGGCCCGAGGAACGGUGGCCCGGGGAGCAUAAGCACGGCUCGGGUGGGAAGCUAGGGGGUUUUGUGGAAGGGGACUAUGAUCUCGUUGAGACGACAAGGGUUGAGACGAGUAGGAUGCUGAUGCCGCUUGUCAAGGGGCAGAUGGAGAGCGCGCAUCGGGAUAUGGUGCAUAAAAUGCUUGACGAGGUUGCGCAAAAGGUUGGGAGGGCCAAGAUGUAG